CGGGUAUUCGACUCCAAACUCGGUGAAGAGAGAGAGAGGAGCCGGUACCCGGCGCAUACAACAGCUAGACUAAAUACAUGAUGUUUCGCCGCAGCAACUAGUUUAGGUUUAAGAUGAUGAUAGAUAAGGUUGAAACACAUUCCUUCCAACCAUUACCUCCGCGGGUCGACCUCCCACCUGUUCCAACUGUCCAACAGGAAAAGGCUAUCCGUGCACAGAUGCGCAGAUGCGCGAACAUGGCCUCAUACAUAGAGCCCCAUGUGGUUUCAAGACCCUUUCAGCAAACAGACCAUGUGGCAAGAUAUGCGACAAGUCAAAUUACACCUGUGACGUGUGUCAUGCGAUUUUCCGCACAAACACAGCCCACGAAGAUCGUGGUAGGCGCCCGUGUCCUCACCCUGACAAAGAAACCCUAA